CAGAAAAUAUUCUUUGCAAUCUAGUAAUUAUAAAACAUUUAUAAGUCAGAUAGGUGAAAUGAAUCAGACAAACGAGAGAAAUUUGCAUGCAAACUUGUAAAGCUCAGUGACUCUCAAACAAACUUCAAAAAACUAUGCAUAGUGCGGAGAUUAUAGACGAAGCAGGCAGGUCGGAAAAGGAUGAUAAGCCACUAACCUUGCCAUUUUACAAGCUUUUGAGCCAAGCAGAUAAGGUGGACUGGAUUUUGAUGGCUCUGGGCACCUUGGGAUCCAUUGUCCACGGCCUCGCGCAGCCUGUAGGGUAUUUCCUGCUGGGAAAAGCCCUUGAUGCCUUUGGUAAAAACAUCAACAAUACCGAUGAAAUGGUUAAGGCACUUUUUAAGGUCGUUCCAUAUGUGUGGUACAUGGCUUUUGCGACAUUUCCAGCUGGAAUUCUAGAGAUAGGAUGCUGGAUGUAUGCAAGUGAAAGACAAGUACGUCGCCUAAGAUUAUCUUUCCUAAAAGCUGUCCUUAGCCAAGAGAUUGGAGCAUUUGAUACUGACUUAACAAGCGGAAAGAUAAUCACUGGUAUCAGUAGCCAUAUGUUCGUCAUUCAAGAUGCCAUCGGAGAAAAGUUGGGGCAUUUCAUAUCAUGCUUCGCUACAUUCUUUUCUGGCGUCUUGAUUGCAUUCAUAGCCUGCUGGGAAGUGUCACUUCUAGCAAUAUUUGUUGUCCCCAUGAUUCUCGUAAUCGGGGCUACUUAUACGAAGAAGAUGAACGCCGUUUCAGCAACAAGAAUGGCAUAUCUAUCGGAGGCCACUGCAAUGGUGGAACAGACAAUUUCCCACAUCAAGACUGUGUUUGCAUUUGUUGGAGAGAAUUCGGCAAUUAGAUCUUUCUCAGAAAGCUUACAGAAGCAGCUGAGAAUAAGCAGAACCGAAGCAUUUGUGAAGGGAUUUGGGACAGGAAUGUUCCAAGUUGUGACAUUCUGUUCUUGGGCACUUAUUGUGUGGGUUGGAGCUGUUGUUGUGACAGCCGGGAGAGCACUUGGAGGAGAUGUUAUUGCUGCUGUCAUGAGCAUUCUUUUUGGUGCUAUAUCCCUCACAUAUGCUGCACCAGACAUGCAACUCUUCAAUCAAGCAAAAGCAGCAGGGCAGGAAGUUUUUCAAGUGAUUGAAAGAAAGCCAAUGAUAUACACAAACCACGAGGGAAAAGAACUGGAUGCCAUCAAAGGGAGCAUAUGUAUAAACGACGUGCACUUUGCAUAUCCAUCCAGGACGAAUACUCCAAUUCUUCGAGGAUUUUCAUUAUCGAUCCCAGCAGGAAAGGUGGUUGCAUUUGUUGGAAGUAGCGGAUGUGGCAAGAGCACCAUCAUGUCACUGAUAACAAGAUUCUAUGACCCAAUAGAAGGUUCUAUUCUCAUUGACAACUACAACAUCAAGGAUCUCGAUCUGAAGUUCCUCAGGAGAAAUAUCGGAGUAGUUUCUCAGGAGCCAUCACUUUUUUCUGGUAACAUCAAGGAGAACAUUCAGGCAGGAAACUGGGAAGCAGAUGAGAGUCAACUCCAGAAAGCAGCUCAAAUGGCAAAUGCACACUCUUUUAUAUGUGAUUUUCCAAAUCAAUACUUAACUGAGGUCGGACAAAGGGGUGUCCAGUUAUCAGGUGGACAGAAACAGAGAAUAGCAAUAGCAAGGGCAAUCCUAAAGAAUCCCCCAAUUCUUUUACUGGAUGAAGCCACCAGCGCCCUUGAUACAGAAUCAGAAAAGCUAGUUCAAGCAGCUCUUGAGACAGCAAUGCAAGGAAGGACAGUCAUCUUGAUAGCACACAGAUUAUCCACCAUUGUUAAUGCAGAUAUGAUUGCUGUUGUAGAAAAUGGAGUAGUUACAGAGACAGGACCACAUCACCACUUGCUGACUAGCAACAAUUUUUACCGUAGCUUGUUUGAAAUGCAGAAUCUCAGCCAAGAUAGUGACGCAAGAGUAGAGGACCCAUUGGAAGAUUUAGCAAGUAUAUACACGGAUGCUUCAUCACACUUCCCGGAUGAAUCUAGGGAAGCCAACAGAACUCCACAACUUUCUCCCAAUAAAGAGGAUCUGAAAGAAAGGAAGGAAAAGGCAGUAUUCUACAGAAUCUGGUUUGGCUUAAGGAAGAGAGAGAUUGUAAAGAUUUUCAUUGGCUCUUGUGGAGCUGCUCUUGCAGGAAUCUCUAAACCAGUCUUUGGGUACUUCAUCAUAACAAUAGGAGUUGCAUACUAUAAAGAUAAUGCAGAAAGCAGAGUAGGGAAGUACUCGAUCCUUUUUGCGUGUAUAGGAUUUUUGUCAUGCUUUGCCCAUACUUUGCAGCAUUUUUUCUAUGGCUUGGUUGGGGAGCAGGCCAUGACGAACCUCAGACAAGCGUUAUAUUCAGCUAUACUACGAAAUGAACUGGCCUGGUUUGAGAAGCCUCAAAACAGUGUAGGAUCAGUUACAUCACAGGUUAUCAACGAAACAGCAACAGUCAAAACAAUCAUAUCUGACCGUAUGUCCGUUAUUGUUCAAUGCAUCUCCUCCAUACUGAUUGCAACGAUAGUCAGCAUCAGAGUCAACUGGAGAAUGGGCCUAGUUGCUUGGGCUGUGAUGCCCUGCCACUUUAUCGGUGGACUGAUUCAAGCCAAGUCUGCAAAAGGAUUCUCGAGCGGCAGCAAUGCUGCUUAUUCAGAACUGGUUUCCCUUGCUUCUGAAUCAACAUCCAACAUAAAAACUGUUGCAUCUUUUUGCCUGGAAGAUCAUGUGCUUGAAAAGGCCAAGGUUUCUUUAAAGAAGCCACUGGCAAAAUGCAGGACACAAAGCAUCAAAUAUGGGAUCAUUCAAGGUGUAUCACUUUGCUUGUGGAAUAUAGCCCAUGCCGUUGCAUUAUGGUAUACAACUAUCCUCGUUAAGAGAGGACAAUCUUCCUUCGAGAAUGGAAUAAGAUCGUACCAGAUAUUCUCACUCACAGUUCCAUCAAUCACAGAAUUGUGGACAUUGAUACCUACUGUUUUCUCUGCUAUCAGUAUUCUGACCCCUGCAUUCCAUACCCUUGACCGACAGACUGAGAUUGAGCCAGAUGAGCCUAAGCAACAACCUCGUAAAAGCAUUAAGGGGGAUAUUGAAUUUUCAAAUGUGAGUUUCACUUACCCCUCCAGACCAGAUAUGAUUAUACUCGACAACUUCAACUUGACAAUUGAAGCUGGAUCAAAAGUUGCUCUGGUUGGACCAAGUGGAGCAGGCAAAUCUUCUAUUCUAGCACUUCUGCUCAGAUUUUACGAUGUGAACGAAGGAGCGGUACUAAUUGACUGGAAAAAUGUGAAGAGUUACAACCUGAAAGUUCUGAGAGCACAGAUUGGCUUGGUGCAGCAGGAGCCACUUCUAUUCAGCUUCUCAAUCAGAGAAAACAUAUGCUAUGGAAAUGAAGGUGCUUCGGAAGCUGAAGUGAUACAGGCAGCUAUGGAGGCCAACAUCCAUGAAGUGAUAAGCAAUCUACCAAGGGGAUACGGCACGUCAGUUGGGGAAAAGGGAUGCCAACUUUCGGGUGGACAAAAGCAGCGGAUAGCAAUUGCAAGGGUUCUGCUGAAAAAACCAGUGAUAAUGCUUCUCGAUGAAGCCACAAGUGCGCUUGAUGCCGAGUCUGAAAGGGCUGUCAUCAAUGCUCUGGAGUCACUGAAACAGAGUACAACAAAUAUUACAGUUGCACACAGGCUUUCAACUGUAAUCAACUCAGACACCAUAUUUGUUAUGGACAAGGGGAAAGUUGUAGAAAUGGGCACCCAUGCAAACCUUGUUACAGCAAGUGAGGGAGUCUACUCGAAACUUUAUAGGCACCAGAGUUUUGCAGGAAAUUGAAGAGUCUACAUUUGUAUUGAGUAUACGGAAUUCAGAAUGGAUCAUUACUCGAGAAUUGUUCUAAAGACUGUCAAAUAAUUUUGUCCACGUUGCAAGAUAUCUUCAACCUGCACAUAAAGUGAAUGUAACUACUUAUAGUAGAUACUUGUACUUCUUAAAAUGAUGUCUUCUCUAACUUAAGUUUUUUAGACUUAGCCUUCUUUUAACAGCCAUGCCAAACAAGAUACUCUGUGUUAGAAUCUCACUUUCCCAUCCAUUUGAGAAUUAUUCCAUGUGCAGGGCAUGUUGUGCAUUUGAGGUGUAGUGAAGAUAUUAAAAUAAUCAAGAAAGGCUUAUGAAUAAGUGUAUUACUUUGCA